ACGAAAUAAGGGUGAUAAUAGCUGCUCCAAAAUUUCAAAGACUAUUAAGCGGUUGUAACGAGGCUGAUUCUCUUACGAAUCCAUAGCACUUGUUCCGAGUGAGUGGUAAAUUCCUUUUUCCUCGCCGAGAUAAAAGCCUAGCCCGACACACGUGACUGUCAAACUGUGAUAAUAUCAAGAGGCAUGGCGAGGUUUCUAAGGAAUAAUUCCAUCUCAUGCCGGGACGUACUGUGGGCUCUAGUUUUUUGGGGCUUUGGUGUGAAUUACAUGCUGAGGAACAAUUUGAACUUGGCAAUCGUAACAAUGAUCGUACCUCAUGACAAAUCAGCCGCAGCUUCCGAAUGCGCACCAGAGGCAUCACUUGGCAAUCGAUCUGUGGUUGUACCGUUGAACUCUCCGAAUAAUCCCUCGAACGGUGAAAAAGUUUGGACGGAUCGCUACCACUGGAACGAGUAUCAGCAGGGGUUGGCACUGGGUGCCUACUACUGGUUCCACUGGUUGUCACAGCUCCCCGGUGGUUUGAUGGCACGAAAGUACGGCACGAAAAUUGUCUUUGGCCUCGGCAAUCUUCUCGUAGCGCUGCUUGGUUUUUUCAUACCUCUCGCCACUCAUUACAGCUUGAAUGCCCUGAUCAUCACUAGAGCACUACAAGGCUUGAUUUCCGGUGUCAUAUGGCCAUCGAUGCACGAUAUGACAGCCAAAUGGAUUCCACCAAACGAACGUAGUCGGUUUAUCAGCUCGUAUCUAGGUAGUUCCGUGGGAGUCGCUGUCACAUAUCCAUUGUGCGCCGUUAUCAUCGAUGCUUUCGGUUGGGAAGCUGUUUUCCACAUUACUUCGGUGAUCGGCAUUCUUUGGUACGUUUUCUGGUUGUUUUUGGUGUAUGAUACGCCACAACAGCAUCCGCGAAUAACAGCCGAGGAGAAGAGUUAUAUCGUGAAGAGCCUCGCCGCAUCGAGGGACGACGAGUGUGGUAAAUCGAAUAAGAAGGUGCCGUGGAGAAGUAUCUUAACUUCGGGACCGUUUUGGGUGACCAUCAUCGCACAUUGGGGUGGGGUCUGGGGAUUUAUUACUUUCAUGACGCAGGCACCUUCGUACUUCAAUUACGUGCAGGGUUGGAAUAUCAAUACGGUCGGUCUCCUUUCGGGCUCUCCCCACAUUGCCCGUAUGAUAUUCUCCUACAUGUUCUCAAUGCUAAGCGAUUGGCUCCUACGCACAAAACGCAUGCCACUCACGGCUGUACGAAAGUUCGCCAACUUCGUCUGCACUGGUGGACAAUGUUUGCUCACGAUUGGUUUGGGAUUCAGCGGAUGUCGUCCUGGUUACGCAGCUUUCUUCAUGAUCAGUGGGACUGCUAUUAACGGGGCGGUAUCGUCUGGAUCGAUCCCUGCGUUUGUUGAUCUUAGUCCCAAUUACGCAAGUGUGCUCUUUGGUAUUUGCAAUUUGGUCACUCUGCCAGCUGGAUUUAUCUCGCCGUUGGUAGUGGGCAUUCUUACUAAUGAGAAUCAAACGAUAAAGCAAUGGCGUUUGGUAUUCCUGAUUUCCGCAGCAAACCUCGCCGUAAGUUGUAUUGUUCACUUGAUUUGGGGUACAUCAGCUGAACAACCGUGGAAUAAUCACGAGAAGGAGACGAACGAAAAAGAUGUCGAAGAAAGGCCAGAAGCUGGAGAGCUGAUUGCAAUUCAUGAAUCAAAAACACAAGAGUCUGAAGAUGAUAAAAGUUGAUUAACACUUAAUUUGGAAAUUUUCUAUCUAAGUAAUAUAUUAAGGAAUUGCGAACAAUUUCCAUUAAUUAUACGACUAUUAAUUAAAAAAAAAAAUGUAACCAAAGAUUACCAGUUACUGAUUGCACUCUAGUAAUUGAUAUUCGAUAUAGAGUAUAGUUCAUUGCAUACAAAGUUUUCAAUGAACAUAUUAUUUUUAAUCAUCUUGACUUUUAUAGGUAUGAAAAUAGAUUUUUAUAUCUACAAUGAUGCAAGUAUUAUAAAAAAUUGAUCAUUGAAUAAACAAAUGAGCUAUACUAUUUUUAAAAUCAAUUUUUCAUAUCACUGUCCAAUUAAGAAAUGUAUGUGCUAUACAUUCAACACUUUUAAAGAAUAUUACAACUCCAAAAAAUGUGACGGCGUGAAAAAACCGAGUAAAUCUUACCAGAAAGUACAAGAAAAUCUAAACUAAUAUUAAGGUAUCUUGUACUCUAAAUACGGAAUAAAAUUAUUCAGGAUAUCAAAGUAAAGUUACUAAUAUUUUUAAUAAACUUAUGCAGAAAUACGAAAAAAUAAAAAUUAUUCUGAAA